UUCAUAUUUCUCCACCUUCUUCAUACACAUACAAAAACGAAACAAUGAUCCAGGAUCCAGAGCAGAGCACUAACAUUAAUAUUAUCGCACGUGAUCACGUUUGUUGCAUUCGACCGCCUUCGACCUUUCGACAGUUGCCAAAUCGAUACACUUAGUAACUAAAAAUGGUCAAGACCGUCCCGUUCAAUAUCGAUCAAGGCAGAAAACUUCUUCCGUCUCCACCACCAGAUGGCAAGGAAUGUAAUUUUCUGUAUUUUUAUAAGUAAUGCACAGUGUUCAAUUAAAUUUUAAUAUUUUUUCAGAAGUGUAUAAUACCCAGCUGUAAUAUGUGGCUCACUAUAUGCUAUAUAAAAUAAUACAAAGGGUUCUCUCAUCUGAGGAUAUAGAAGGCAAGAUUUACCAUACAUCCAUACAUAUCAAAGAAUGUUGGCUUAAUAUGCCUCUCCCUGUUAUGAGUAUAUUUCAAGGUUCUGAGGAUUUGCAGCUGGACACAAGUCUUCAGCACCUGGAGGAGGAUGAAGCUGAGGAAGACCAAGAACGUAGGAAUAAGGAGCUCCAUGACCUUCUUACAAACGCAUUUGAUGAUCUGAUGGAUGAUGAUUUAAGUUCACUAAGCAGCUCCUGUCACUCAUCUCAUGUGAUUGAAGGCACUGAAAAUAGACCUUCUGUCAGCAUGGAGAAGCAGCCUCCAGCAAGUGAGAGGAAGAAAAAUUUUAGUGGGCGACAUUCAGACCUGAAGGAUACUGGAGACAGUUCACAGGUGUCUGAACAUUAUCAGUAUUGCUUCAGAAAUACGCCCUAUGAUGAGAGCAACCAGCAGUACCGGAGAACAGACUACGGCAGUGUGGAGCAGCUGCAAGUGCUGUAUGAGGUGCGUGUGAGGGAGGUGCAGGAACUUGCUCAGCAGGUGGAAGAGCUGAAAGAGCAAGCAGCACACGAGAAGGACCAAAUGUACCGACGACUUGCCCUUGCCCAAGCUGAGAAGGAGCGUGCCACACUGCAGUACGCGCAGUCUGCACAAAAUGUUGUAACAAGCAGAGAAAAGGUCUUGGAGCUAGAGAAGGAAGUGGAGACCCUCAGACUGAACCUGGAAAAUGUUCAGCAAUCCAAUUUGAAGCUCUCACGAGAAUUGGAUGUGGCACAUCUGUUGGUGAAGGAUUUAGAAGAGAAAUUGUCCUUGCUGGAGCGUGGCAGCGUGAGUAACAGAGACACUUUACUUCGUGGAGUGCAGGAAAAACAUGACAAGGAAAUCCUCAGUUUCAAGAGCCAGAUGGAAUCCAUUACUGCAAAGCUCAGUGCCAAGGACAGCGAAUGUGAUGGAUUGCGGCAACGUCUGACCGACUUAACUCGAACCCACGAAGCUCUCCUGGUAGAGAAGACAGACACCAUAAAUCAGCUGAUGGCAAACUUAGAAGAGAGUCAACGGCAGUGCCAAAAAUUGGUGGCAAAUGUGGAUAAUGGGAAGUUGGUUGCUGAGAAGGAGCAGCUGGAGAAAAAUGUCAAUAAACUGAAAAUGGAGUUGGACACUGUACGUUCAGACCUGAAGCAUUAUGAGGCAAUGGCGCAAUUCGGACUCCUGGGGCCAGAGGAUUCAGACUCUUUCAGAAUGGACUCUAAGCCUCAACCUUCCAAUGAUUUAAAUAUCAGAUUGCGGGAUGAACUGCAGCGCUGCUUGGCGGGUCUGCGGAUGAAACGCGAUGAAAUCAAGCGACUGAAGGCUCAGCUUUUGGACCGAGACAAGGUGAUUCAAACAAUGAGAGAUCAAGAGGCAGCUUAUCUUGCUCAGGCAGACAGUUUCAAGGUAGAUGCAAAGAACCUGUUGGACCAGUUACAUAAAUGUCAAAGUGCAAAGGGCAACUCUGAGGACAUAAUGAAACUUGAGUCACAGAUCUCUCAGCUGCAGUCUGAACUCACUGCUGUAAAGGCAGAUAAAUAUCGUUUGGAAGGCGAGCUGGUAAUUUUGCGGGAAGCAAGCGUGGAGGAGAAGCUGAGGGCUAUUGACCAGCAUAGCGAGGAGUACAUCCAGUGGCAUGACAAGGCAGUUGCAAGGGUCCGACAAGAGGCAAACAAACAGAUAGAGGCCAUGAAUGCAGACUUCAGUAUUCGACUGAGGGAGGCUCAGAAGGAAUGCGAUGAAGUGAAGCAACUCUAUAUCGAAGUAUGUAGUUCAAAGGAAAAUCUUACAGGACUUCUGGAAUGUGAGCAGAAAGCAAAGAGAGAUCUUGCCAACCUUUUGGAUGAACAAACUCAACGGUUAAAGAAGAUGCAGACAGACCUAGACACUGAGAAACAGAAGCUGGCUGAGUUGUCAUCGGUCCCAGAUCCAGCUGAAGUGCAGGAACUAAGGCAAGCUUUGCAUAUUGAAAGGGACAAGGUGCAAGCUCUGGAGAGGGAUUUGGAAGCUGCCUGGGAGCGAGACAACCGUUAUGCAGCGACUGUUACAGAGGAGAUUGAGAAAGCAAAAAUCGAAGCUAUGCAGGAGCUACAGCUAACCUCAAAGCCAACCCACCCAGUUGUAGCAGAUCGAGCAUGCUCCCCCAUGAGGGACUGCAAGGAAGCAGGGGACGACGUAGCCAUAGCUGUUGCAAAACUGGCAGCCCAGCACCAAAAGCAAAUAGAACAGGUGAAGCAGGAGAGCGUACGAUGUCUGGCCAAUGAGAUCUCAGCAUGUGAAGCACGGCAUCAGAAACAGUUAGAACAAGCAGAAGAGGAAUAUUCACGUAACCUGGCAACAUUUCGGGAUCUCAUAGACAGCAAGACACAUGAGGUGGAGGUGUUAAAGCUGGCCAUGCUGACAGAGCGAGACAAGCUGAGAGCUGAGCGUGAGAACAGCCAAAUGACUGAGGAGCUGAAGGUUUGCAUGAAGGAGGUAGAGCAGCUUACAGAGCAACUGCAGUCAUGCGAAAAGGAUUGGCAGACCAAACUGACUGCAGAGACCAACAAGUGGCAAGCGAGGCUUGUGGAACACCAGCAAGAUGUGGAGACCGAACGAGACAAAAUGGCAGAAGCAAUUGCAGGUUGGGCAGAAGAAUUGCAGACAUUACGAAAACAACAUCAAGAGUCAGAGAUGAAGGCUACAGAGCUGCAAGCUAAAUAUCAGGCAGCAAAGAAGACUGCUCGACGUUACAAGCAGUGGGCAGACGGGAAAGAGCAGCAUGUAAAACAAGAAUGGGAACGGAUUGCGGUUGCUUUUCAGAACGCCCUAGAGGUGCUGCAUGCAAAGGCCAAGGCAGCGCUUAUGUCUACGGAGGGGGACAGUGUUGUCGCUACUCAGCUGGAACAGCAAAUACAAGAACUGCGAGAUAAACUGGUACAGUACACACCCAGCUGAAAGUAGCAUCAUUCUGUUGGUGUUUCCCAGUAAAUACACCUGACAUCUUUAUGAAGUAUGUACAUCAUGUGCCAGACCCUAGUAUCUUUAUCAUGUGAUCUGUAUCUGCCUCAUGAAAGGCCAGGUAUCUCCAUGUGAUAUUACUCGUGAGUCGAGGGCCGAUAGGACAGUUGAAACUGCAGUACAGUAACUGAGCAAGAAUGUGUUAAGUACUGUGAUACAUACACAGUGCACAGAACUGCUGUUACUUUCUGGCAGUCAGCAGAUGGUGUCAAUGUACAUAUCAGAUAACUGGAGCAAGAGAGCCAAGUGGUGUCUGUGACGAUGAUUGGUGAUCCAGUGUGAGAGGAAAUGGAGAGACACACAUGGUGUUGUAGUCUGGAUGGUAUGUGUGUGUGUGAAGAUACAAGAAUUAUGUUACAAAAUGUUAGUUGCCAUCAGUUUGGCCGGAUUCUUUAGAGUCAGGGUAGUAGCCUGUUUGGAACUCAUACCAUCUCAUACUUGGUCUUCCCACAUUCCUACCUUUUUAGAUUUGGUCCCCUUCUUUUAGUUAUCAUUUAAAAAUGUUAGGCCCAUCUGUGUGUAUAAGGUUUGAUACUUGUUGUUUUAAUUUAUCCACUGUUGUAUACCUCCUUACCUACCAUGAAAGAUAAAUU